AUGGAUGUUGAUGAUGACAACAAUGGUGGAGAUCCAGGGCCAUUCAGGCCAAAGUUUUUGGUCACAACUUGGACGCAGGGAGGAUUGAAUUUGAGGGCCUACUUCACUGAGCAUGGUGACCCCCAGUGGCUUUUUGAGAGGGUGCAUCAGCACUUGAAGGCCAAGUGUGAAGGUGGAGCUUACCUGAGAAAAAACUUGGAGGGCUUGCAAGAGACUUUGAGGGAGUUUGGUGUGCCACCAGGAGACUUGAGUUACAAGGGGGUAGGCCACCAGCACACAGAAAUGGAGCCUUGGUCAGACCACACCUUGACUUCAAGGGCUUUGCUGACAUUCCUUUUCUACCAGGUCAAGCACAGAAGGCUUUCUUGUGAUGACAAGGCUGCAGCCAUGUCAUUUCUCAACAAGUUGGUUGCUUCAAUCAUUGAAUCUGCUGGCACCAGGCCACCACCUGUUGGCCUGUGUGUCUUGGAUGGUGAAGGGGUACUGCACAGGGUUGAAGUUUCCUUUACAACCCAGGGUGUUACAAAUGACUGGUGCAAUUUGGCAGGUUUGAGCCCAGCUGCCAAAGAUUUGUGGUCCAAACUUCAAGAUCAACCAUGGUGCAGCUUGAGAAUUACCAGCUCCUUUGAUUCCUCUACCUUGCAGGAUGUUUUGUUCUUCCUUUGCUAUUUGGUGGCACAUCCCAAAGAAGUCCUUAGCAAGUGCAACCUGUUUGAGGAUGUUUGCAAGCCAGUGUUGCCAGAUUUGCUGCUUUGGUUGGGCAAGAUCAUGGAUGACAAUGCCAAGCACUUGGCAACACAGCCUUUGCAGGAUUUGCCACUCUUGAUGACAAAGGGUGGCAGGCAUAAGAGAAAAGCUGACCAGGUCAACAAAUUUAUCCUCCUUGACAAGUUGAAGCAGCACAAGAAUUGCAGAAAGAGGGUUGCAUCAACCCAUACCUCCCUGACAGCAAAGCAUAGUGAUUUGGUGGAGAGAGAAGCCCACAUGACAGUGGUGCUUUACAAUGAGAAGGUGGCCAAGGCUUUUGCAAAUGGCCCAAGGCAGUUCUCCACUUCAUGGGAUCCUUCAACAUAUGGUGGCAAGAACACUCUGGUGAGCACCUUGUACUCACUUGCCACUGACACAGUGGCUUACAUGCCAAACCAACAACUGAGGAGAAUGCUUAUGUCUGACCUUCAAGAUUCUUUCAUAGAGGAUGCAAGAGCCUCAAAGCUUGGGACUUUGGAAGGAUACUCAGAGCUCAGGUGCCUUUCACAUGCUCUCUUGUGUGCAGCUGGCUGCAGCAUCAUGGACUUCAGGACCCCUGCAGAGCUUUUGGCCAGGCCACUCCAGCAGGGUGAGGUGAGAAUUUUCUGGAAUGGUGCAUGGUACAUUGCUGGCCCUGGUGAUGAGUUGCCCAGGCCUGAGAUUCCAGCUUCCUUGGUGCUCAAAGAUUUGCCAUCCCUUUGUUCAAUAUCAGACCAGGGACCAAGCAACACUGCCAGCCUCAAUUUUCUCAUGUACAGUGGAGAGAGGCUGAUGAUGCAAGUGCAAUAUGACUGGUUCCAUCGAGGAUGGAAUGAUGUGAAACUGAGUGCCAAAAAAUCACUUGGGUACCCUUGGAAGAGCAUACUCCAGCUGGUGCUUCUCUUCAACAUCAACUACUCCCCCUUUGGGAGUUCAGCAUUCUUCUACAAAAAACAAGAUGUCUUGGAAAAUUUCAUGUCUACAAGAACCAGAGCAGACCCAACCUUCCAAUCAUUUAUCCCUGACAUUUGCAGGGAGAGGAGACAGAGAGAACCUGAAAGCCCAGAGGAAGAAGAGCAGCUUUUCAAAAGCCUAGCCUACAUGUCCAAUUUUCAAAAGAAAGGUGGCUUGGUAAAGCUCAUGAGAUGGAUGAGCUUUUUUGAGGUUGCUAUGGAGUGGAGAGGAGACAUGUGGGGGACAAAAUUGGUCCUUCAGUCUGACCAGCACAGGAAUGGAGAAGAUGGCCCAGGGGAACUUCCAAAACAGCUGCAGCAACAACAGCCAGAGCAGCCAAAUGCAGCCCAGGACAAAGCAGAUGCACAAAGGGAGCUGAAUGAGUUGAAAAGGGCCCAAGGGGUUUGGGGGUUAGCCCCCAAGAUGGUUACACAAAAGAGUGUUGCCACCUUAGACAUGCUGCUCAUUGUGACCAAGGCAACUUGGAAGUUACAUGCAGAGAGGGCAAGGAAUGUUGUGAACCCACAGCAGGUUUUGGAACACAAUGUGGCCAGCAGCAUGAAGAUGUUUUGGGCCUAUGAAUUGGAAGAGAUGGUGGCAAACUCUUUGUGGGACAAGCAGGAGCUCAGACACAUGUACCCAGACACCCAGGACAAUGACCAGCUCCUGGCACACCACUGUGACUAUUUUCACAAUCUCCUUUGCACCAGGGCCACUUCCCUAGCUGCAGCAUACACUUUGCCACCAAUGAGGUGGAAUGGUGUCCUCAGCCCUUGCAAUUUUGAGGCAGAGAGUAUGAGGGACAAUUUGUUGAAAGAGUGGCAGUUGCUGUUGAAGCUUGAGGCAGCCAGCCUCCACACCAAGAACAAAGUGGACUGCUUAGAAAAGAUGUUUUGGAGGCUUGGGGCAUUCACCAGAGUGUUGUGCAUGGCCCAUGAACAGGAUAAGCUCAGAGGAUUGCCUUGCAAAGAUGGGGUUGCUUUUCCACACCAGCUCUUGAUAGCAAAAACUGUGGGUGACUCCAGCGUUGUUGAGGUUGCACACCAACAAGGGCCUGACUUGCAGAGGGGCAGCAGAAACAAUACUGUGCCAGAUGUGUCCAUCAUGUUUGGGACAAUCAAGUCUGGUGCUUUGGAGUUAAGGAAAGUGAAAAACACUGUGCAAGUGGACUCCCAAGAGAUCAUUUACAGCAACAGGAACCUCAGAAAGGUGAAAGUGGCAAGUUCCAUGAACCCAAGGGGGCACAAACUUGAUGAAGGACUUCAAAGGAUGAUGAGGAAAAGGCAAGGGGCCAAUUGGUGGCCUUCACCUGCCCCAGGCAGUUUGUUUUCAUCACUUGCUGCCACAGAGUGGUGCUGGUCAUACAUGCAGAACAAUCACAUUGGAGCCUCUGUUGAUGAUAGCUGGGUAUCAUGCUUUGCAGGCAGGCCUGGUGACUUGCUGGCACACCAGCCUUCUGGAUCCUUGCUGAAAAUUGUGGGUGCUGCAGAGUAUGGUGUUCUCACUUGGCAAAUGGAUGCGUCCAGCAACACAACCUACUUCAUGAGGCCCAACAGAAUGCUCUUGCAAUGGUGGCACAUUGUUGAUAUGAAUGACUGGGUGCAUGUGCCUGCCAAGCCUUUUGUUUCAGAUGUGGGUGCAAUUGAGUGGGCCCUGACUGGGCCACCUAUGCCUUUGGUAGUUGCUUUGGCCAAGAAUGCCCUUUUUGUCAAUGUUGGUCAGCUGAGGAGGCUGUUGAAGUCACUGGGGAUUAAAAUCCCUGCUGGCACUAGCAAAGCUGGUAUGCAUCAGCUUUUGGUUGACAGUGUGCUUGGGGAUCCAGAGGAAAGAAAACAUGCCAUGAGUUCUUUUGAGCAAGCUUCCAAGGAGGAACCCUUUGACAGUGACUUAGAGGAUGUUGUCAGCUGCUUGGAUGAGGAGGAUGCAAACACUUUGGAUCUCAAAGAGAGAGCCAGCACCCAUGCCAAGCAGGGCCAGAUUCAGCACAGGAAGCAACAGCCCCCAGCCAACUUCCAAGUCCAGCAGAAAAAGAAGAAGAAGAAACAGGCCCCUCACUUCUUCAACCACCAGAGGAAGCAACAGCCCCCAGCCAACUUCCAGGUGCAGCAGAAGAAGGAGAAGGUGCAUCACUUCCUCACCCACCAGAGGAAGCAACUUCCCCCAGCCAACUUCCAGGCCCAGCAGAAGCAGGAGAAGGUGCAUCACUUCCUCACCCACCAGAGGAAGCAACUUCCCCCAGCCAACUUCCAGGUGCAGCAGAAGAAGGAGAAGGUGCAUCAAUUCCUCACCCACCACAGGAAGCAACAGCAUUCAGCCAACUUCCAGGUGCAGCAGAAGAAGGAGAAGGAAGCAGCAGCUUCCACCCAGCAGCUUCCAGAAGAAGCUGCCAGCCCAGUUCUUAGCCCAUCAAAGAAUGCAGAGUCAGCAGAUGUUGCAGAGGAUGCAAGCCAGCUUCCAGCACCAAGUGGGGAGCCACCACCAGCAGAGCCAGCACAUGCAGUCAAGAGACCCAAGGUUUACAAGACACCACAGGAGGUCUUUGUGCACAUGUUGCCCCCUGGUGCCAGGAUGGUUCUGAACCAUAAUGACCACAGGUUCAUGACUUCCUGGGUGGGGAUUGAGAAGGGCAUGCCUGAAGACUUGAAAGGGAAACAUUUUAGCAGAAAAUUUACAAGAAAACCUUGGAAAGAUGCCUUGGCUGAGUGCCACAUGAGGGUCUGGGAAAAAUGGUCCUAUGUCAAGAAACACUUGCCUUUGCCCAUUGGGAUGGAACCCCAAGAGCCAGGGGUUGUGCCAAAUGAAGUUCUUGAAGCCCUAGAGCCUUUUAUCAACAAUUUACCACCAGAGAAGAAGGCCUCUGGGAAGAAAUGA